UUGGCCUUCACACCAAAAAAACCAACACCUAACACAAAGAAAACUUCCGGAAUCCCUUCUUCCUUCUACCCCCAUCUCUCUCCCCUUCUCUCUCACACACACUGAGAUAAAAUCUCUUCGUCUACACGGCGCAAUCAAAGCGGCUUCCUGGUGUUUUUCUCCCUCUACACUCUGUGAAACCAUCACGUACUAUAUACCUACAUGCUCUCUUUAUCGAUAUAUCUUCGUCGUUCAUAAAAAGCCAAUUGAAACUCUUCGCUUCCUUUCUUGUUUCACAUAUUAACGAAUUUGAAAUUUUCAUUCCCAAUCAAUCGCUUAAUCGAAGACAUACAAAAGAGCAGAGGCGGCGCCUUCGGGUUCUUUUGGGUUUUCCUUUAAUUCAAGCGGUUAAGGGUUAGUCAGUUUAAUUUUUGAUAAUUUGCGGCUGAUAUAUUACAAAUUUACAAUACCCUUGUCUUGAUUUUUUCGUACUCUGGUUGACGGACAAACCCUAGGGGUUUCAAUUUGUCUGGCUUGUUUGUGGAGUUUUGGGUUCUAGGGUUUGUUUAUUGGUAAUGGUGGUAGGCUAAUUCAUCAAGAGGGGUUAUAUUUUGUGCUUUCUGAUGAUAUAAAACGGUUUUUGUUUCGCUGGUGGUGGUUAUUGAGCCUCUUUAUUACAUGAAGGUCUUGUAAGUUUGUUUAAUCGCGAGCCAUGCCUUCUGAACACUGAGAAGCGUUGUUGAUCUUUGUUCUUGAAUCGAAUUUGGAAGUGAACCACAGUAUAUACGAAGAGUGAGGGAGAUAAAGAGCCCUAUUUUACAGUUUAGUUGAUAGUUUUGGAUUCUUUUAUUGGAUGAUAGUGGUGGUAUUCAAGUCUUACAACGUUAGGUGGAAGCUGAUUAACUAGUUAAAUUGAGUAUCUUGAUUCAUUAAAGAACCCAAAACGUGGGAGUAUUUGAGAAUUGAGAAUUAUCACCCUGAUGCAAUUUGGGACUUUUUUGUUCCUUUCUUAUGAUGUUUGUUACUAAUUAUGGAAAGAACUGAGCCAACAUUUGUACCCGAAUGGUUAAAGAGCAGUGGAGGCUUGAGCACAUCUCACCAAUCAUCUUCAUUACACCCUGAUGAACAAGGGGUAUCAAAAUCAUCAAAAUCCUUGAGAAACAAGUCAUUAGAUAACGAAUUACAACGCGUAUCAGUUUCAGAUCGAACAACUUCUUCAUAUUUUCGCCGAUCUUCUAUUAGUAAUGGUUCGGCUCUUUCAAGAUCUUACAGUAGCUUUAAUCGAAACAAUCGUGAUAGGGAUAGGGAUAGGGAUAGAGAUUGGGAAAAAGAUAACAACAACAACAACAGGCAAAAAGACUAUUCUGACCCUUUAGCUAACAUAUUGCCCACUAGGUUUGAAAAAGAAGGGUUAAGAAGGUCAUUUUCAGGUGUAUCUGGAAAACGUGCUGACUCAUGGCCCAGAAAAGUAGCAAGUGACUUAAGCAUUGCUAACAAAAGUAGCAAUGUAAAGACAUCAUUUGAGAGGGAUUUUCCUUCUCUUGGAACAGAUGAAAAACAAGUUGAUAAUGAUAUAGGAAGAGUACCUUCUCCUGGAUUGAGCUCUGCCAUUCAGAGCCUUCCAAUCGGGAAUCCGGCGGUCAUUGGCGGUGAUGGGUGGACCUCCGCCCUGGCUGAGGUGCCUGUGAUUGUUGGUAGUAAUGGGAACACCACUGCUGUUCAACCAUCUUCAGUUUCUGCAACUACAAGCAUGACAGGUGGCAGGAAUAUGGCAGAAACUUUGGCUCAUGGUCCUCCACGUAUUCAAACUGCUCCUCAGUUGAAUGCUGGAACUCAAAGGCUUGAAGAACUUGCUGUUAAGCAAUCCAGACAAUUGAUUCCCAUGACUCCAUCUUUGCCUAAAGCUUUGGCUGAUAAACCAAAACUGAAAGUCAACCAAUCACAAAUAGUCAACCAUCCACAUUCUCCUAGACAUGUAGUAUCAUCCAUGAAGCCUGAAGUUUCAAAAACAUCUACUGUAGGAAAACUUCUUGUCCUAAAACCCUCACGUGAAAGAAACGGAAUCUCACCUACUACAAAAGAGAGUUUAAGCCCAACAGCUAGUAGUAGUAGUAGUGCCAAAUUACCAAACAGCCCUUUAGCCAUACCCUCAGUUCCAGUUGUGGAAAAAAGACCCUCUUCACAAGCUCAAAGCCGAAGUAACUUCUUUAACCUUAUGAGGAAAAAAUCAAUGAGUAACAACAGCUCUUCUGGAGAAAAAUCCGGUGAACAGGUGGCGGAUCCUCCUCCACCACCACCACCACCACCACCUGAGGGUGGGUCUGAGUCGACUCAGGUCAAAGUCAAUGGUGAUGCUAUUGCUAAUGUUAAUGAUAAUGGGAAGCAUCAUGAUGUGAUUCUUUACUCUGAGGAAGAAGAGGCGAGGUUUUUAAGGUCUUUGGGUUGGGAUGAAACUGCUGAGGAUGAGGAGGAAGAAGGUCUUACUGAAGAGGAGAUUAGUUCUUUCUACAGAAACUACUUGAGUUUAAAGCCGGCCUCAAAAUAUUUGAAGGGGACAGAGGCGAAGGUAUUGAUGAGAGUGGGGGAGAUGGAGAUGGAGAUUUCAUCUGAUUCAAAGGUGGAUGCUUGAGUUUGAUUUUUGGGGUUGGGGUGUCUUUUUGUUUUGAUUUGUUCUAUUAAUGGUGAAACUGCAAAUGAAGAAAGUUUUGAAAAUGGAGUACAUAACAAACAUAUUGGUCCAGAAGUGAAGUGAAGGGAUGGGAUAUGAAUGCAUGCAUCAACUUUGUGGGAUUACAGUAGUAGAGAGUAGUAGGGUUUUUUUUAGGGUUUAUCAAGGGGAAUUUGGUUCUACUGAUUGUGCAAAGAAAUUUGGGUUUUUGUUGGUUGGUUGCUCAAUUUUUGGUUCUAAUUUUUCAACAAAAAUAGCAUAUCAUGAUCAUGAUGAUGGGUUAUUAGUUAUUUUUAUCAAAGAGUAAGAAAAUUUAGGUUUUACUUUUACAUGUUUCUUGUUUCUUUCUUCUAUUAUACUUGUCAUUUUUCCGGCUUCGAAAAAGAAUUGGUUUUUCUAUUAUUAUUAGGUUAUAAAGUAAUGAUUGUUUAUCUAACAUAUGUUUGUUUAUAAUAUAUAAGUGAGACAUAUAGUUUAAUUAUGUGUAAAGGGUAAAUAGUAGCACACAAUCUGUCGAAGGAAUCUGUUUUGAUGAGGAAGUUUAUUGCGGAUCGUGUAGUCAUUGCUUGGGUCUUGAAUGUGAUUGAAAUCUUUUGUGAAAAUAAUGAUGUGUGAUUGCUUAGACAAAGAACCACAGCUACAAAACAAAUCUAAACACAUACUAAAGAAAUGUCAUUUCAUCUAAGAGAUCGUUGAUUGAGGUGACACCUUGAUAUAAAGUGCGCAUUGAAGAUAACUCGACUAACUUAGCAACUAAAAGGGUUAUAAGGCACACUAGAUCAUGUCCGUUUGUGUGAUAUUGUGUCAUGGUGACUGAGUCUAUUGUUAAAAUUUUCUCAAGUUUUCCUUUUCAUAAAAGCGCCCCAACUCUUCUCUUUUUUCCCUUCCAUCUUAUCCGUUUUCACUCGCAUUGAAAACUCUCGUUCCCAUGUUUCUUCAGCCAAGAAGAUAACAACUUCAACUCAUUACUCACUUCAUUCGGCAACCUCUCUCUCUCUCUAGAGUUUACGUGUGAAGUCGGCACCAACAUCCGCUCCAGUUUCAGUGGCCACCGCGACGUAAUCGCAUUCGCCUCUCAAAACCCUAACCUCAGCUUCGUCAUGAUCAUCAUCAUAUUCAAAGGGCACAUCAUGUCUUGCAAAGGAAGCUAUCGGUCCUCGUAGCACACCUCCUCUGAUUUCUUCACUCCGUUUACCAUAUGGUGUCCUUCCUCUUAUCAUCUGCUUCUGCAACAAAUCGAAUCCAAAAAUAAUCCCAAUAACCUUCCAAAAAAUCAGUAGUCGACGGCUACAUCACUCUAUAUGACCCCUAAUUUCUUCACUUUUUUUGGAUUUCGGAAUCAAAAUAAAAGCAAUAUAUGCACACGAGUUUUCAGGAUUUGUUGGUUCACUGCUUCUUUGGGUGAAUCACUUCUUUUGGGUAAACAAGUUAUCAAGACGCCAAUCCCUUCUACCCUUCAGGUGCUUACUUUUCUGUAGUUUCUUCUAUUCCUAUGUGCAACCUCAAAUUGGUAUGCUAGAAGAUUACAAGAACGAACUGCAGGUGCGAAUAAUCAUGAGGAAGGUAUCGCCAAGCAGUUGAUUCCACCUCGCCUUCGUUAACACAUGGCCGAAAUCUUAUUGAUUUUUGUAAAGAUUAUAUAAAUAAAACAUUUGUAGUUAUGAGAUGUCAUUUCAUUCAUCAGUGAACGAAAAUUCAACACCCUUCUCCUAUGGAAUGCAAAUCAACCCAUACCCAUGAGAAAGAAUCAAAUUCCUUUCCAUGAAGCUGCUCUAUUCCAUUCCUACAUGGCAAGCCUCCAUUCCAUUCCCUCUGUUUUCAGGUUUCCUCUGGACAAAUUGUUGUCACUGAAACGGUUGCUCUUAGUUGUAUUCAUUCUGAAAGUGUCUUAAAAGGUAAGUAACCAACUCAAAUUUCUCAAAAUUAUUCAGAAGUCUUAAAAGGUAAGUAACCAACUGAAAAUUUUCAAAGUUAUCAAUAAUUACUUCUAAUUUUUUUCACAUUUUCCAUAGGUUUCUCUACCAACGGAUGUGGCAUAUAGUUACAUGUCAAGAGAUGUCAUUGUUAGGUUCUGUUAUUAUUAUAUACUUCGUGUAUCAAUAAAAUUGACUUUUGCUAUUUUGUUUUAUUUUUUUGUAUUUAUUUACUCCAAUUUGAUAUUGCAGAUGAAUAUUUCAUAUAACUUUGUAGAUUUUGAUUUUUGUCAGAUUUGACAAGAUCAUUUCAAAAGAGACCCCUUCUUCAAUCGUGUAUGAGGAUGAAAAAGUUCUUGCUUUUCGUGAUAUUAAUCCUCAAGCCCCUGUUCAUGUUUUAGUAAUACCAAAGUCAAGGGAAAGAGUAAAGCGCAAGAGGGAUGCUAAAUUUUCAUGUUGAGAAAAAAUGUUGAUGACUAAUACUACAUCGGCUUUCAUCAACACCAUCAAAAUUUCCUUUUCCUUUAUCCAGGAGGUGGUAGGUGGGGACAACAAUUAACUCGGCGUCAAAACUAAUCAUUUUCGUUUCUAUCUCAGGUUCUGAAAAAUGAAUAAUUUACAAGUGCUCAUUAUGUUAAAAAAUUGUGCAUUUUUGCAUUGUAGUGAAUAUAUGACAAAUUAUUGGUCGGAAUGGUAAUAUAAAGGAAGAAGACGCACACAAACAAGUUUGCAACCAAGGACCUCUCUUAAGGAUCAUCGCCUACAUCACAUAAACAAUAAUGCUUUGGGGAUUCCUCCACAAUACAUGUUAGUAGAGUACAUCACAUGAAUGGGUAGUUCAUCACCUACAGGUUGUGAGCCUUCUAGUGUUCCAAUGGACCGUUUGGAAUAGUCAGUGGUCGUCAUUUAUACUCUGUUAGAUGACUACAUCGCAAGUAAAAGUCAUGACAUCUCCUAAUCAUCUCUAAUCUCUCAUCUGUCAUCGCCCGUAAAUUACACUUGUUUCUAUGAUAGGAACUGUUACGAGACAUGUAAUGACUUAAGAAUCACAUACUAUGAGUUAAAGUACGUGUUUUUUAUAACUAUGAUUUAAGGAAAGCUUAAAACACUGAACUGAUGAUAAUUCAGUGAUGUAAUACGUAGUUUCUUGUACUUAUUAUGUUGUAUCAGAAAAUGAUGAGAGUUAAACCAAGAAAUUUUGAAAGAAAAUGAUAUUUCACUC